UGUGAUAUUUUUGAGCUACAGUGACAUGCCAGACAUCCUGAAACCUACCUUCUUCAAAACAAUCAUCAACACCAAGAAAACUCUCAUGUCCACUGUGGUAUCAGUCUUACAAUCUGAAAUCAAUACACAACUUGACAAACUGGUCCAUGUCACCUUCAAGCACACCACAGCAUUAGAACCUGAAUUCAGUCUCUCGUGUGUGUACUGGAAGGACACAGAAUGGGUUGAAGAUGGCUGUGACAUCAUACAGACUAACAGCAGUCACACUGUGUGCUCAUGUAAUCAACUGGGCACGUUUGCUCUCAUCAUGGAGACUGACCCAUGCAGAGACAAUUUGACAAUCUCAUGCAUAAUGAAAUUUCUGAAUAUAAGCCAGGCUAUCCCUUCUGCAGUAUUACCACAAGAGAAAGUGGAACAUUAUUUGAACUUAACAAAUAACCUCAUGACUCACCUGGAAAACAAUGGUACUUACACAAAUAAUUCCAUGUAUGGAAAUGUACUGGAUGCAAAUCAUAAACUGGUAUCUUCACUGGUGACAGCAUCACGCACCAACAACAGCAUAAGUAUCUUUCUUCAGAAUUUAGGAUCAGCUGCUGUGGCCUUCAUGAGCUACAGUGACAUAGCAGACAUCCUGAAAUCUAGUUCAACCACAAAGUUCAUGUCUACUGUGGUUUCAGUAACAUUUCCUAAAACCACCCACACGUGGUUCACCCAACCAGCCAAUAUCACUUUUAAAUACAUUUCUGAGUUUGACCCUGAUGGUACACUCUUCUGUGUGUAUUGGGUGAGAAAUGAUUGGGUUGAAGAUGGCUGUGUUAUUACACAGACUAACAGCACUCAUACUGUGUGUUCCUGUGAUCAUCCUUCAGUACUUGCUCUUAUUAUGGAGACUACUCCAUGUAAGACAUUAUUUGGAGCCACUGUGUCCAUGCACUGUCACCCUGUGCUGAACAUGUCCAUAGCUCAGGGAGUGGGAAUCGUCUUCCUGAUUUUGUGUCUUCUGACAUUUGAGUUUUGUUGGCAGAACCCAAAUGAAACCAACAAAGCUCUGAUAAACCUGUGCUUAACUCUCCUGCUAUUUCACCUUAUUGACCUGCUCAAAACUCCUCUCCAUCUCUAUCUUCAGCCCCCGCAAGCCUGUGCAGUCAUGAAUGGUAUCCGAUGGUUCUUCUUCAUCUCUACAUUUGUGUGGAUGUUCAUUGAAACCGUGCUGCUCUUCCAGGUUGUAAAUAAAUUAUCACAGAUCAGAUUGAACCGUCAAGAGUGGUUAAGCUGGAAAUGGUUAAAUCUGACUGGUUACACCACUCCCCUGGUUGUGGUGAUUGUGUGUGCUGUAACUCAUAAAACACAGCCUCUUGAUCAAGAAUGCUGGGGAGCUAAUGACAAAGUCAUCUUUGACAUUCCUAUACUUUUCACUGUCACAUCAAACAUGAUUCUCUACAUCAUCAUCAUCAUCAUCAUGAUCAUCACACUGAAACAGCUGAAAAAUGAGAACUUGCAGAGGAGUAACACUGAUAGGACCGAUAUGAUGAUCCGUGUGAUGUUUAAAAGCCUGGCCCAGUUUAUUAUCCUCGGCUGUUACUGGAUAUUCCUGUAUAUCCCCAAUGAGGACGGGGUUUUUUAUAAUGUGUACCUGUUCCUCAACUCUCAGCAGGGAACCUUUAUCUUCAUUGUACACUGUCUCCUCAAUCAAGAGAUGAGGCAGAAGUACAAGAAGUUGCUGUGUGAUAUUUGCUGCUUUAAAAAACCUGGCACUGUUACAGCGUUUGAGGAGACUCAAGAGACGCAGCACUGAUUUCACAUUAUCGUAAUUUUAGAAUACACAAAUCAAUACAAUAAAAAAGCAAAACUGAGAGAUGUAUAAAAACAAAUGCAUCAAUGUGGUGACAGGGUAUUGUGACAAAGUGGAGUUACCGUUCACCACCUUCUGACCAAUGAGAAUGCAGAAUUAUACAGCACUGUAGUAUAACAAAUAUAUAACGUCUAGAAUAACUUCUACUUUCUUUUACAUUUACAGCAUUUAGCAGACACCCUUAUCCAGAGCGACUUACAUUUUAUCUCACUUUUUUUUUUAC